AUGCAUUUCAUCAAUAUGCCUCUCACCAUCAUCAUCGGUCUCAUCUUGGGCCUCGCCCAACGAAUCAUCGGCGCAGCACUCCCGAUAGCUGAGAUCAACAAAACCGACUUUAUCGUCACCCACAAGGCAUCAGACUACUUUCCACACUCAGAGAGCGAUCUAUCCGAUUUCGAUAUCGAUGUCGAAUUCGUCGGGUACCCCGAAGCCACGGCGAGCUGGCUCAUCUCCCUGGACCCGCACACCGGCGCCACCGACGAAGACAAAGCACGCAUUCUGACGGAGAUAAUGUACGCCAAAAAGUACGAUGAGAAAGACAUCGACAUGUCAGAAGAGGUAGAGUCGCUUCUAGCGCACAUUGCCGGUUACACCGACCCCAAAGUUCUAGCGACGCGCGUGGACUUCCGGACAGAUUCUCACAAUGCAGUCAGAUGGGCUUCGUGCAGCCCAUACUUUACCUGUAUCUCCGGUACUACUUGCAAUUUCAUGCUGAAUGUGAGAAAGGCACCUCGAAGUCGCUGCGAGUCGCAUGGUGGUCAGAACUGCUGUAUCAGUUGGUCGACCUACCAUGUACGCCCCGGGUUUUUCCCGUUUACCUUCUCGGUUUGUGACCGGAAGAUCAAGCAGCAAAGAAUGGCUUAUGCCUCUUGUGUGGGAAUGGGAGGUGGUGAUCAUGGUGGUGAUGUUUGCUUCAGCAACCGUGCCCGUCAUUGCACCUAG